AUGGGACCUUCACAGGAAUUUGACCGGGAUACCGGAGUCAAAGACGCCGUGGAAGCUCCCGAACGCGAGCAACCAGAAGGCACCGAAGAAGAAGGAAGCAAGAAUGAUGGCAUGGGCCAUAACCCAUCAUAUAGUUUGGCGGGCUCUGGCGCGCAGAAUCCGAACAACAACCGUGGGUAUACAGAUGAAGAGUACGAGAAGUACAAUUUUCAGGCCGACAAAGGAGAGGACGGUCCAACCUGGAGUCUGGCUCAGCCACUCCCUCAUAUUGUCCGACCUGGAAUGCGUCACGGCGCCUUACCAGAGGAUCGAAAGGAGGAUAAAGGCGCCAUGACAGAGAGUGACGAGGAUCCGGCUCAGAUGGACGAAGUUCGGAAACAGCAGUCAGCGGAAAAUCGAAAGAAGAAGGUCAAUGAUCCCCGGGAAGACGGUUUUUUCAAUACUUGGUCGAAAAUUCGUCACUAUCUUCGCGAGCCGAUGGCUGAAUGGCUCGGAACAACUAUGGCAAUGACAAUCGGUCUUUGCGCUACUUUAUCUAACUUCACUUCUUCCGGACAAGCUGGAUCAUACCCUGCUCAAAGUGUUGCUUGGGGCUUUGGAUUCAUGACCGCCAUCUAUACUACUGGAGGUAUGUCUGGUGGCCACUUAAACCCAGCCAUCUCAAUCUCGCUAUCUGUAUUUCGCGGAUUCCCCGCGCGUCGAUGCGUCAUAUACAUUGCUGCGCAACUCCUCGGCGCUAUCACUGCAGGAGGUAUAUCAUACGCGAUAUACCACGAUGCCAUUGUUGAGGUCGCCACGUUAGCCAAAGUACCUCAGAAUGCAAGCGUCGCCGCUCAGGCUCUUCUCACCUUACCGAAAUCAUUUGUGCAUCCUGCGACUGCGUUCUUCACCGAGUUUCUGGGCAGCGCAAUCUUAGUUGGCUCUAUUCUCGCCCUGGGAGAUGAUACAAAUGCACCCCCAGGAGCGGGAAUGCAGGCAUUUAUUAUUGGGAUUAUCAUUACGAUUGUGAUCCUUGCACUUGGGUACAAUACCGGAGGUUGUUUCAAUUGCGCACGAGACUUUGGCCCGCGACUUGUGGCGGUCAUGGCUGGAUGGGGUGGACAUAUUUUCCGAGAAUACCAUGCGUGGUGGAUUUGGGGUCCAUGGGUCGCAGAUAUCACCGGUGCAUUGUUUGGUGCCUUGGUCUAUGACAUGGCCAUCUUUACUGGUGGUGAAAGUCCAGUCAACUACCCUCCGCGGAGGCGGAAGCGCGCAUACCGUGUGAGAGCUUUGAACCUUCGGAAGAAACUUAGGAUUGGGAAAAGAAAGCUGCCCGAUCUUGAGCAUUCUAUUGCGGAUACCGAGCAUUAA